CUCAAGUUUCCCUAAUUUGGCGAGGCGCGCAGGAAUCACGGAGACAUGCCGGGUGCGCCUGCCUUCAAAGUGCAAGACUUGGUCUACGUACCAUGCCCGGAGAGCGAGGACUUGCCGUUCCUGCCCGCCACGGUGCACGAGAUCGACGGCUCGGAGGUGGUCGUGCAGCUGGCGGACCGCUCCGAGCUGCAGCGCUUCGCAGCGCCGGAGCUUCGGCGCCGCUUCGACACGGAGGACCGGCCCACCUGUCAAGACAACACGUCUCUGGUGCACCUCAACGAUGCUACUAUCCUGGAGAACCUGAAAGCUCGACACCAGGUGGAUGAUAUCUACACCUACACGGCAAGUGUUUUGCUCGCCGUGAAUCCUUACAAGGACGUCACAGGGCUGUAUGGUGCCUCGCAGUGCGCCAAAUAUCGAGGGAAGCACAUUGGCGCGCUGGCUCCGCACCCCUACGCCAUCGCUGACACUGCCUACAGGGCACUGGUGCGAGACCGCAAGAAUCAGGGCUUCAUCAUCUCCGGCGAAAGUGGCGCAGGGAAGACUGAGACGGCCAAGAUUGUCAUGGAGUAUUUGGGCUUCGUGUCCGGAUCGACCAACCAGAAAACGGAACAGAUCCAGAGACGCGUGCAGCAAGCACAGCCCAUUCUUGAAUCCUUCGGAAAUGCAGUGACAAUGAGGAACAACAACUCUUCCCGCUUCGGCAAGUACAACCGCAUCUUCUUUGAUCAAGAUGGGAUGCUUGUUGAUGCAGCGGUGACCACGUAUUUGCUUGAGAGCUCCCGUGUGGUGCUGCAUGCUUCUCGUGAGCGAACGUACCAUUGCUUUUACGAGAUGCUGGGAGGCCUGCCCGAGGAGAGGCUGUCCCAGUUGCAUCUCGAGCGCACUCAGCUCUACACGCUCCUCGCAAGCGACGUCCAGGAGGAUGCUGACGAAGAAAAGAAGUGGCAUGCGCAAUUCGAGGCGCGAGAUGUGAAGCUCUUCCAAAGGCUGUGCGAUGCUCUGAGCAUCGUGGGCUUCAGCGAUGAGGACAUCGACGCCAUCUUUCAGGUGCUAGCCGGGCUUGUCCACCUGGGUGACCUCUCCAAUUGCGAGAAGGACGAAGGAGACGAGACAGCCACGGUGCAAUUGGAUGAAGGCCCGCUUGAGAAGGCGGCGGAGCUGCUGGGCAUGGACGCUUCGGAGCUGGGCUCCGCGCUGAAGCGCCGCAAGGUGCGGGUGCAGAGCGCUGGCCGGGAGUCCCUGCACGAGGUGCCCCGCUCCACCUCUCAGUUCCGUACGGCGCUGCACAGCCUCAUCAAGGCCCUAUACAAGCGGCUCUUCGAGCGCCUCGUGCAGCGCAUCAACAGCUCCUUUGGAGAGUGGAGGGCGACGCCAGAUGAGGACGACACCUGGCGUCAGAUCGGAAUCCUGGACAUCUACGGAUUUGAGCGCUUGAAGCGCAACUCCUUCGAGCAGCUCUGCAUCAAUCUGGCGAACGAGCGCUUGCAGCAGUACUUUGUGGAGAACGUGCUGGUGGCGGAGCAGGCGCUCUACGAGCGCGAGGGCCUGCCCUGGCUGGGCCUGGCGCUUCCGGACUCCACCCCGGUGGUGUCCGCCAUCACGCUGACCUUCAAGACCUUGGACGAGCACAGCCAGCAGCUGGCGAAAGGCUUUGAGAAGAUGUCUGACGAGAGCUUCUGCCAGAAGACGGUGGAGGAGGCUCAGAAGGACUCGCUGCGCAAAGAGGUGCUGAGACCCUUGAAGAUGUCCAACAAGCGUGGGAGCAAAGCCGGGACGGGCUUAGCUCUGAACGAGGGCUUCGUCGUGAAGCACUACGCCGGCCCGGUAGAGUACAACACCAAGGGCUGGCUGGACAAGAAUAACGAUCGGCUGCUUGUGGAAUGUGAAGAGUUGAUUUGCGAUUCCAGCUUUGACUUCGUGAAGUCUCUGCGUGAUGAGGACAAGACCAAGGUGCCAUUCAGGUCCAUCAGCAAGAAGUACUGUGCAGAUCUCGAAAGCUUGCUGCAGACUCUCAACACCUGCCAUUUGCAUUACAUCCGUUGCUUCAAGCCGAACGAGGAGCAAAAGCCCAGCCUCUUCAAGGACAAGUUGGUCUUGGAUCAGAUCAUCCAGUGUGGUACCAUUGAGCUGGUGAAGAUCAUGCACGACGGCUAUCCCAACCGCUGCCCGUUCAAUGAGAUCGUCACGCGCUUCCGGGACCUCCUGCCCGAGAGCUUCCAACGCUACGGGGACCGCACCUUCAUCGAGGCCUUGAUGCUGGCCUAUGACGUCCACCCGCAGGAGUGGGCCCUGGGCAUGUCGCGGCUCUUCCUGAAGGCUGGGCAGCUCAAGGCUCUCGAGGACAUGCGCUCCGAAGGUGUUCAGCCGGACCCUGAGAAGCUGCGGCAGAUCGUGCGGCAGAUCAUCCGGAAGCGCUGGGUGCGGGCCAAGAACGCCGUGCAGCUGUGCCUCUACCUGCCAAGGUUCCUCGCGGAGCUGCGGCGGGCGAAAGCCGCGAGGAUCCUGGCCACCCGGGCCUUGCUGGUGGGACGGGUGCAGCCCAUGCUGCUGGCGGCCAGGGAGAAGCUGCGACUGCGGGCGCUGGCGGCGAGGCGCCGGCUCUGCGGGGGGUUCUGCGCGGUGCGCCUCUCGCUGGUGCUGAUGAAGGAGGCCCGCGCUCGGAGACGGGAGCGCCUGGCAAAGUCGCUGCAUCUCUUCUACUUCAUGCAGAAGAGGCUUCGUCCUUUGGCUGACGGCGCCCGUCAGCGCACUGCAGAGGAGUCCAAGAAGAAAGAGGCUGAGAGGAGACGAGAAGAGGAGCGUCGCAUCGCUGAGGAGCGAAGGAAGAUCGAGGAGGAGCGGCGGAGGAUGGAGGAGGAGGUCCGGCAGAAGGCGGAGGAGGAGCGACGGUUGGCUCUGGCCAAACUGGAAGAGGAGCAGAGGCUCAGGGAAGAGCAUGCGGAGGCCAAGCGCCUGGACGAGAUCCGAAAGGUCCGGGAGGAGAUGGAAAGGAUGCAGAGGGACAAAGAAGAGCAGGAGAGGGAAAUUGCUGAGCUCAGAAGGAGGAAAGAUGAGGAGCGCAUCUUGGACGUGGCCUCGCCGUGCAGAAGUUCCCCAGUUUCCAGGCGCGUGCGAAAGAGUGGCAGCCAGAGAGAGGCAGAGGACGAUGCCUCAACGAGUGUUGGCGACACCGACGAAAGUGUGACCAUCUCAAUGUCACAGUUCCAGAAGAUGGAAGAGCGCAUCAAGGCACUCGAGCAGGAGAUGGCGAGAAAGCAGACCCAGACCCAGGAAGAGAUGAUGGCCCUCUUCCACAGGACUCAAGGCAUGGUGCCGCUGGGCUCCCCGGAGGAGCGCCAGGAGUUGCUGCAGCUGCCCUCCACGCCCCCGAGGAGCCGGCCACGCAUCUCCUCUGCGCGGAUCUCCACUGACUCGCGCCCGACCGGGGAUGAUCGGCGAACAAGCAUUAUUGACAACGACAAGGCCAACUGGACACAGCAGCGUGACUUUCUGAUGAGCGACCUCUAUCCUGAGGGCUGUCAUCCGCGGUUCAGGAGCACCCGGACCAGAAGGUCCAGCAUCGGCGGGGGUGCCGGGGAGAAAAUGCAGGCGGAGCGGAAGCGGCGCGCCACGCAGACCCUGGCCACAACCCCGGAGCGGGGCGCCUACUGAGCCGGCGCGAGCCGGCGCGUUGAAGCGGUCGAAGGUGGACACCUCUGGAUCUCCAGGUGCUUCCAGAAAACAUCUGGAAGUUGUUGGCCGAGGUUGUUGGGGGGCGGGC